AUGCGCUACUCUAUCGUGUUCACUACUCUCGCCGCUGGCGCUUCGGCCCACGGUAUCCUCCGCAACGUUGUCGGUGCUAACGGCGUUUCUAUGCCCGGUCUCGGAGUUGCUGACGGCACUCCCCGCAACUGUGCUGCCAACGCGUGUGGUGCCCAGGCCGAUACCUGCAUCAUCCGUGAUGCUGAGAUCAGCGCCGGAAAGAGCCCUCUCGGUUGGACUCAGGGCAACGGCGAGGUUGACCCCGAGAAGGUUGUAGCUGCUUUCAUGGGCCGCAGCAACGACAUCCCUACUAACAAAGGCACCUCUGGCGCUACCGGCGUUGAGGAUAACAUCCCUGCCAACAUCCUCAGCAGCCAGCGUACCCAGCGUCGUGAGGAGCACAUGAACGAGAUGCGCAGCGUCUUCAGCGGUCUCUUCAAUCUUCCCGUUAUUGGCGUCCUCGGCCUUGGCGGCAAGGUCAACGACUACCCCACGGAGACUAUCGUAGGCGACAUGGCUGGCCAGGGUGCUGAGAAGGGUAUGCCAACCAGCAACGAUAACGGCGAAGUCAGCCUGAUCUACCGCCAGAUCAACCAGGACGGCGCUGGCCCUCUCACUGCCGCCAUUGAUGGCACCUCCGGUGGCAAGGAUGCUGCUGCUUUCAAGAGCGCCAGCAUGCCCCUCAACAUGCCCGGAGUCGGUAUCUCUGGUCUCUCUGUGGCUACCAACACUGACUACCCCGUCACGGUCCGCAUGCCCGAGGGUAUGACCUGCGAGGGCGAGAUCGCUGGCGUUAAGAACGUCUGCGUUGUUCGUAUCCGCAACCAGGCCUUUGCCGGUCCUUUCGGUGGUGCCGGCGCCUUUGUCCAGAGCGAAAACUCUCGCAAGCGUGCCAUUGCCUACCGCCUGAAGAAGCGUUUCGCGAUCAACCGCGAGGCUGAGGAAUAA